UUGGCGGCCAGGCGGGAGCGCGCGGCUGCUACCCGGGGACUGGGCUGCGGCGGUUAGUCCUCUCCCGGCCGCCGUCGCCUCCGACAUAUUGCCCGCAGGAGCUGCGGCGGCGGAGCGGAGAGCGCCGGGGGGAGGAGAUGGGAGGACGAAGAGGUCCCAACAGGACAUCCUACUGUCGAAAUCCACUGUGUGAGCCAGGAUCCUCAGGGGGCUCUGGUGGGGGCCAUACUUCCAGUGCAUCGGUCACCAGUGUCCGUUCCCGCACCAGGAGCAGUUCUGGGACGGGCCUUUCCAGCCCCCCACUGGCCACCCAGACGGUUGUGCCCCUUCAGCACUGCAAGAUCCCUGAGCUGCCAGUCCAGGCCAGCAUUCUGUUUGAGUUGCAGCUCUUCUUCUGCCAGCUAAUAGCCCUCUUCGUGCACUACAUCAACAUCUACAAGACAGUGUGGUGGUAUCCACCCUCCCACCCACCCUCCCACACCUCCCUGAAUUUCCACCUGAUCGACUUCAACUUGCUGAUGGUGACCACCAUCGUUCUGGGCCGCCGCUUCAUUGGGUCCAUCGUGAAGGAGGCUUCUCAGAGGGGGAAGGUCUCCCUCUUACGCUCGGUCCUGCUGUUCCUCACCCGCUUCACCGUUCUCACGGCAACAGGCUGGAGUCUGUGCCGCUCCCUCAUCCACCUCUUCAGGACCUACUCCUUCCUGAACCUCCUGUUCCUCUGCUAUCCGUUUGGGAUGUACAUUCCGUUCCUGCAGCUGAACUGUGACCUCCGCAAGACCAACCUCUUCAGCCACAUGGCCUCCAUGGGGCCCCGGGAGGCCGUCAGUGGCCUGGCACGGAGCCGGGACUAUCUGCUGACACUGAGGGAGACGUGGAAGCAGCACACACGGCAGCUGUACGGCCCAGAUGCCAUGCCCACCCAUGCUUGCUGCCUGUCCCCCAGUCUCAUCCGCAGUGAGGUGGAGUUCCUCAAGAUGGACUUCAACUGGCGCAUGAAGGAAGUGCUGGUCAGCUCCAUGCUGAGUGCCUAUUAUGUGGCCUUUGUGCCUGUCUGGUUCGUGAAGAACACACAUUACUAUGACAAGCGCUGGUCCUGUGAGCUCUUCCUGCUGGUGUCCAUCAGCACAUCAGUGAUCCUCAUGCAGCACCUGCUGCCCGCCAGCUACUGCGACCUACUGCACAAGGCCGCUGCACACCUGGGCUGCUGGCAGAAGGUGGACCCAGCGCUAUGCUCCAAUGUGCUGCAGCACCCGUGGACGGAGGAAUGCAUGUGGCCACAGGGCGUGCUGGUGAAGCACAGCAAGAACGUCUACAAAGCAGUGGGCCACUACAAUGUGGCCAUCCCCUCUGAUGUCUCCCACUUCCGCUUCCACACUAGAAAAAAUUUGAGUGAGCAAGCAAGAUCUCUCAAGAAAAGCUUCCUGGGGGAGGUAGAAGUUCAGCAAGAUCUUAAACAACUGCUGUGGGAAGCAGUAGUCUUGACAGAAGAACGACCACAAGCAAAAGCAGAGAGUUCUUUUUCAGCAAACCCCUGCGGAUCCUCAACAUCCUUCUGCUGCUGGAGGGUGCUGUCAUUGUCUACCAGCUAUACUCCUUAAUGUCUUCUGAAAAGUGGCACCAGACGAUCUCACUGGCGCUCAUCCUCUUCAGCAACUACUAUGCCUUCUUCAAGCUGCUGCGGGACCGCUUGGUAUUGGGCAAGGCCUACUCCUAUUCAGCCAGCCCCCAGAGGGACCUGGACCACCGGUUCU